AUGGCCCUCGCCACAGCGCACUUCGAGCGAGAAUAUGAUCGAACAACGCAGCAGACUAUGCAUUUCUUAGAAGUUGACCGAGGCCGAAUAAAAGACAUGCAGCAGCUGCUCUUGCAGUUUGAAAACGAGAAUUUGCAGAUACAGCUAGAUCAGGCCAACCAAGAGCUGGUAAAAAAUCGAGAAACUGAAUCACAACUUCGUCUGCGGCUCAAUCACAGUCAGAAUGAAGUGGAUCGCUUAAACAAUACCCUGCAUGUCUCAUCAUAUGAGAUUGACAACCUGCGUAACGAGUUAGCAUCACUGAGCAACGCUGCCUCCGAGACCACUAAAAUGAUGGACGAGAAUGUUCGUCUUUCUAGAGAAUUGGCCAGUCUGCGUUCAGAAAUAGAACGUAUGAGACGGCAUGAUACUUCCCUCCAGAACAUUGUCGCCGAGAAACAGGCACUGACACGGCAGCUCAGCACGAUUGAAGAACAAUAUGAGAACGAAAAGCGCGCUCACGAACGCACUCAGUCUCGAGAGACACGCCAGGCAGAGGAGAUUGUGAUGCUGUCAUCGAAACUCGAGCAAAAAUGCAAGCAACUCGCAGAGCAAACAGAGGCGCUGGAGCUUCAGAGUCGCAGUGCACGUCAUCAAAUCCUUGAAAGUGAUGCUCAACGUGUUGCUCUGGAAGAGAAGCUUGUAAACUUAAAUCGGAAAUUACGACUAAUUAAAUAUCAAUCUCAAGAAGCUCAGAGUGAUUCUCACCAGCAGCGCCUCGCUUCGAAAACAACUGUGACCUCCGAGUCUCUUGCGAAACCUCGCGCUGCCCCACUCCAGCGAUCAGCCCCCCAGCUCAUUCCCGAAAUGACUAUUGCAACUCCGGGGGCCAUACAGCCUCGUAACAAGGGUAAACAACCGUCAGCGUUACCUGGCGACAAAUCAUCCUUCUCGAUCACACCGUUUCUGAAACGCGCAGGCGCGCUUCAGGAUACCCCGAGCAGCUCAGACGAUGAUCUAAAUGAACUGCGCACAGUCGCCGGGGGUGCACACACGCCAGAAAAAACCUUCGCCGAUAGAACGGGACUGGCUGAUAAUGCUGCUCUCGGGCGACAAGAGGAUGGCAGGAUGUCGUCAUCCGGCGAUGAACUGCGUCCUAUAAACAUCAAAAAGCCCGGCCGAAAGCAUUUCAAAACCAAGGCAACGAGAACAUUACCGAUAAAGCCACAGUCUCCUCAUUCGAGUGAUGAGAUCCUGACACAAGGCGUGAGUCUUUCUCUCGACCACGCUCCUGAAAUUCCCCAGAACAGGCCAAAGAAGCGCAAGUUGGCAUAUCAACGAGAUAAAAACCUGCUAGCAAUGGAUGAAGAUUUGGAUAUCCUUGAGGUUAGAAAACCAGGACGUAAGCUUGCUUUUGGAUCUGGACCCAAUCUUUCUGAUGGUUCACAGCUGGGUGCCCAGUCCAGUAUGCCGCAAACCCUUGGUUUUGGCCCUUCAACAGAAUUCUCGCCUCUGAAAAAGGAUCGAAAGAGGUUUUAG